AUGAGCAAGAAGGCAGAAGUAAAUGAUGCAGGAUCAACGGGUUCGUCGAGUGGAUCCCUGUACGACCAGGAUCGAGUCAUUCUUGAACGCCUUGGAUACAAACAGUCCCUGGACAGAUCGUUGUCGGCGUUCAAUAACUUUGGAGUGACAUUCUCCUGCUGCUCGAUCCUGGCUGGGUUGACGCCGCUUUAUGGAGAUGCGCUCCAGUCUGGAGGGCCCAUGACCGUCAUUUGGGGUACCUUUCUUUACGCUGAUGGUGGGCCUGUCACUGGCAGAGAUCUGUUCGGCGUUCCCGACAUCUGGAGGACUGUAUGUGUGGACGACUCGACUCUGCUCGGCGGCCUGGGCGCCCAUUGCUUCUUGGACUGUCGGAUACACCAAUUGGCUUGGACUGUGGCGAUUGCGAGUACAGACCUGGCAAUGGCCCAGUUCCUGGCGUCGUUGAUUUCGAUGACCUCGUCUUACAUUCCCAAUACCUAUGUCAUCUUUGCCAUCUAUGUCUGUAUCCUGCUCUUGCAUGGCGUUGUCAAUUCUAUGACCGUGCGUCUGAACGGGCUCUUCAACAACGUGUCAGUCCUCGCCAUGACCCCAGAGCGCCAAUCCGCAGAAUUUGUUUUCACCGCCUGGAUCAACAACACCGGUUGGUCCUCCUCCUUCUACGUCUUCAUGCUCGGCCUCCUCCAAUCCCAAUAUACCCUCUCCGGCUACGACUCUGCUGCCCACAUGGCUGAAGAAACCCAAAACGCUUCUACCGGUGGGCCAAUGGGGAUCAUUAUGGCCAUUGUUACUGCCAGUUGUGUCGGAUGGGUUUUCCUUGUCGGGAUGACGUUUUCGAUAAGCAGUUUUGAGAACCAGAUUGUGUCGCCGGAGGUUGGGGUGGCGUUGUCGCAGAUCUUUUUGGAUUCCUGUGGAUUGGGGGUGGCGAUUUUUUUGAUUUUGAUUAUUUUGGGGGCUCAGUUCUUUUGUGGGAGUGCCCUUACGCUGGCGAGUUCGAGGAUGGUUUAUGCCUUUGCCCGUGAUGGCGCCCUCCCAAUGUCGAAGAGGCUACACAAGCUAAACAAAGAAAAAUCCCCGGUAGCAGCAGUAUGGUUCAACAUCGCCUUCUGCUUCAUCCUUGGCCUCCCCUACAUCUGGUCCGAAACCGCCUACUCUGCAAUUGUCUCCGUCAAUACCAUUGCCUCCUCCAUCUCUUACCUCAUCCCCAUCCUCUGUCGAAUCAUCCUCGCCCGCUCUACCUUCGAACCCGGCCCCUUCAACCUCGGUCGGUACUCGACUUUUGUGGGAGUGAUUUCGUCAGGGUGGAUUGUGGUCACGUCGGCGUUGUUCCUGUGCCCGACAGAGUUCCCAGUGACGGCUAGUAAUAUGAAUUAUGCGGCGGUGCCGUUUUUGCUGGUGAUUGGGUUUGAGAUUGGAUUCCCGGAGAGGGAGGAGGAGGAAAAGCAAUCGCAUUCGCGGCACUGA